AGAGUGGGAACAGCGUCAAAGUGUUUUUGUGGGGACAUCUUGAAGCUCCAUGUUAUUUUUAGCGCGAGAUGGAAUGCAAGGGCAGCUGAUUGAGACGGAGACACGCACGGUGGUGCGCAACUACUCGCUAGGCGAAGUGGCACGCAAUGCACUGGUCUACUCUCCAGCUAGUCAGAGCGUCAUCGCUCAUCAGACACGCAACUGCGCGCUCUUCCUCUCCGCCUCCACAAAGCAGCCGCUGCAACGCAGCUUUACACCCGAGCUGAUCACCAGCUGCGCAGUCACUAAGUGCGGCACCUUCAUGGUUGCUGGCACUACCAACGGCACCGUCUUGAUAUGGAACCUCCUCUCUGGGGAGCUCAUCAAGAACUACAAAGGACACCUGCGCUCCAUUCAGGCUGUGGCGAUCUCUUCGGACGACUCCCUCGUGGCCACCGCCUCUGAGGACUCGGUGUGCAAGGUGUGGAGUCUUUCCACCUUGGCCUCGCUGCGCAUGCGCGUUGUCGUGCCGCGCUGCGUCUUCACCGGGCACUCGCUGAGCGUCAACUGCUGUGUCUUCUUGCAGCGGUCGAACAUGCUCUUGACCGGGUCGAAUGAUCGCACGUGUCGACUCAUCGAUGCGGGGACCGGGGAGCAGCUGCACUCCAUCGCGGUUGGCGACGCCGUCACCGCCCUCGCCGUCAGCCCCGACGACAGCUGCCUCGUCGCCGGCACACAAAAAGGCUUCUUGUACUUCUGCGGGCUCUACUCGACCUCCUACGGACUUCCAUUUGUGGAGAGAGGCGACGGUGGUGGUGUCGGUGGCCGCGAGGCCAUUCUUCGACCGCCCAGCGCAGACGGCCACCACUCGCCUGUGGUGUUUCUGCAGAGCGACCCGGCAAGUCCGUCGCUGGUGCUCACGGCGAGCGAGGGUGGCGCCGUUUUGUGGUACGACAUGCGUAGUGGCCGGCUGGUGAAGGAGUGCGUGGGGUCGCAGAAGGGCAGGCUGCUUAGCUGUUGCCUCGUCCCCGCUUCCGCGCUUCACGUGAAAGGCGUGUGCGCACCGCUGGAGAAGAACCCGGUGGAUCCAUCGAGCGGCAACUACCACGUCACGCAGCAGUCCGUCGCGUCGCGCACGGUGAGUCGGGGCGAGAAGCGCGCACGAGACUCCGACGCAGGCGCCUCGUUCUCUCCUGCCGCUGAGGAAGACGAAGUGGAGGAGAAACUGAAGACGCUCAAGGCGAAGAGCGCAGAGCUGGAGGGGCUUCGGGCACGCCUGCAGCGUCAGUUGGAAAAGAUAGCGGCCGCCACGAGGGGCUGA